AUGGUCAGAAACAUCAUAGUCCUCUCGGGCAAUUCCCACCCGCGUCUAACGGACAGUGUCUGCAGUCACCUUGGGAUUGCACCUGGCGACCGAAUAUUAAGUAAAUUUUCGGGUGGCGAGAGUAGAUGUGAGAUCCAAGAUUCCGUCAGAGGCAAAGAUGUCUUCAUCAUCCAGACUGGCGGAGGUGCCGUCAACGACCAUCUCAUGGAACUGUGCAUAAUGAUAUCUGCUUGCAAGAUCGGAUCAGCAAAGAGAGUUACCGCUGUGACUCCUCUCUUUCCGUACUCCCGCCAACCCGACCUUCCGUACCGCAAGGCCGGAGCACCCUUGUCGAAGCCCGCUGCUGUGGUGCCAAACGACAGGUAUACGUUCGAGAGUGUCCCUCCUACGCCAGGCCCAGGCAGGGUCAAGAGUGCCGGGUUCAACCACGGAGCCGACCUCAGUAAAAUGCUCAACAAGAUAGCUUUCACGACUGAUGCGGCAGGAGUCAGAUCACACUCCAGUUCCAUAACUUCCCAGCCCGGUUCUUAUACGAAGCACGAUUAUGACAACAUUGACCCCUCUACUAUCGAUCAGUUUGAAGCCAAACCCGGCUACAAGCGCUGGGUUGCGCAAGCUGGCACUCUAGUAGCAGAUCUGCUGACAUGUGCCGGCGCUGACCAUGUCGUGGCUCUAGAUCUUCACGAUCCUCAAUACCAAGGCUUCUUCGACAUUCCUAUGGAUAACCUGUAUGCCCGGCCUCUGCUGAAGCGCUAUAUCCAACAACGCAUUCCGGAUUACAAAGACGCGGUGAUUGUGAGCCCGGACGCUGGAGGAGCGAAGCGAGCAACUGCUAUUGCUGACGCUCUAGGCAUGGAAUUCGCUCUCAUUCAUAAGGAACGUCGCCCGACCAACAUCACUGAUCGUCAAAAUGCGACGAUGAUGCUUGUGGGGUCAGUUGAGAAUCGCGUAUGCAUCGUGAUCGAUGACCUUGCAGAUACAUCCAACACCAUUACGCGGGCAGCGAAGUUGGUUCGGCGUGAAGGGGCCACGGCGGUGUACGCGUUACUGUCCCACGGGGUUUUCAGUGGCGAUGCUCUCACACGUAUCAAUGCAUCCGCCAUCGACAAGGUUAUCGUGACCAAUUCAGUGCCCCAGGAAGAGCAUCAGGCGAUCUGUCCUAAGCUUGAGGUCCUCGACGUUGCACCAAUCUUUGCUGAAGCUAUCAGACGGAUCCACCAUGGCGAGAGUCUGAGCAGUCUAUUUCAAUAUGGCUGA